GUCGCUAUCCCAGAAUCCUUAGAGAAGGAGAAGCGCGUUCUUGCGUCCUAGUCCCAGUACAGCGUGGAGGGCUUAGGGAACGUGUUCUGAUUCUCUGCGGGACGGCUAGCACGUUUGUGCUUUGCCCGCCGCGGCUUAGGGGACAUUUUGGGGCCGCGUAGUCGGUGUUUUUGAACUGAGUCCACACACAGCUCGUGGCGGGCCGUGCGGCGCCCUGACCCGGCCUCACCAUGUUGGUGCUAUUUGAAACGUCUGUGGGCUACGCCAUCUUUAAGGUUCUAAAUGAGAAGAAACUUCAAGAGGUUGAUAGUUUAUGGAAAGAAUUUGAAACUCCAGAGAAAGCAAACAAAAUAGUAAAGCUAAAACAUUUUGAGAAAUUUCAGGAUACAGCAGAAGCAUUAGCAGCAUUCACAGCUCUGAUGGAGGGCAAAAUCAAUAAGCAGCUGAAGAAAGUUCUGAAGAAAAUAGUAAAAGAAGCCCAUGAACCGCUGGCAGUAGCUGAUGCUAAACUAGGAGGGGUCAUAAAGGAAAAGCUGAAUCUCAGUUGUAUCCAUAGUCCUGUUGUUAAUGAACUUAUGAGAGGAAUUCGUUCACAAAUGGAUGGAUUAAUCCCUGGGGUAGAACCACGUGAAAUGGCAGCUAUGUGUCUUGGAUUGGCUCACAGCCUGUCUCGAUAUAGAUUGAAAUUUAGCGCUGAUAAAGUAGACACAAUGAUUGUUCAGGCAAUUUCCUUGUUAGAUGACUUGGAUAAAGAACUAAACAACUACAUUAUGCGAUGUAGAGAAUGGUAUGGCUGGCAUUUCCCUGAAUUAGGAAAAAUUAUUUCAGAUAAUUUGACGUACUGCAAGUGUUUACAGAAAGUUGGCGAUAGGAAGAACUAUGCCUCUGCCAAACUUUCUGAGUUGCUGCCAGAAGAAGUUGAAGCAGAAGUAAAAGCAGCUGCAGAGAUAUCAAUGGGAACAGAGGUUUCAGAAGAAGAUAUUUGCAAUAUUCUGCAUCUUUGCACCCAGGUGAUUGAAAUCUCUGAAUAUCGAACCCAGCUCUAUGAAUAUCUACAAAAUCGAAUGAUGGCCAUUGCACCCAAUGUUACAGUCAUGGUUGGGGAAUUAGUUGGAGCACGGCUUAUUGCUCAUGCAGGUUCUCUUUUGAAUUUGGCCAAGCAUGCAGCUUCUACGGUUCAGAUUCUUGGAGCAGAAAAGGCACUUUUCAGAGCCCUCAAAUCUAGACGGGAUACCCCUAAGUACGGUCUCAUUUAUCAUGCUUCACUCGUAGGCCAGACAAGUCCCAAACACAAAGGAAAGAUUUCUCGAAUGCUGGCAGCGAAAACUGUUUUGGCUAUCCGUUAUGAUGCUUUUGGUGAGGAUUCAAGUUCUGCAAUGGGAGUUGAGAACAGAGCCAAAUUAGAGGCCAGGUUGAGAACUUUGGAAGAUAGAGGGAUAAGAAAAAUAAGUGGAACAGGAAAGGCAUUAGCAAAAACAGAAAAAUAUGAACACAAAAGUGAAGUGAAGACAUACGAUCCUUCUGGUGACUCCACACUUCCAACCUGUUCUAAAAAACGCAAAAUAGAACAGGUAGAUAAAGAGGAUGAAAUUACUGAAAAGAAAGCAAAAAAAGCCAAGAUUAAAGUUAAAGUUGAAGAAGAGGAAGAAGAAGAAAAAGUGGCAGAAGAAGAAGAAACAUCUGUGAAGAAGAAGAAGAAAAAGGGUAAAAAGAAACACAUUAAGGAAGAACCACUUUCUGAGGAAGAACCAUGUACCAGCACAGCAAUUGCUAGUCCAGAGAAAAAGAAGAAAAAGAAAAAAAAAAGAGAUAACGAGGAUUAACAGAAAGGAAUUACAAGUAUAUCACCUGGACACAUCAUGCUUAAGAUUCAACUGGGAGCAUAUCAGGGAUGCUCUCUAACAUAACCAAGGGAAGGUUCAGUAAAACAAAGUGAUUUAUCAUCUAUAACUUCAAACCUAUUUGUGUCUUGACAUCAACUCUGUUAACCUUAUGUCAUCAUUUCUUAGAGUCUUUGAUAUACAAAUAAAAUUUUCUUUGUAUUUUAA